AUGAACGCUGGACUUGCCCAUUCCAUUGAAUCCCUCUUUGGCCCAGCAUCUGAGCCAGUUGACAUCGCCGCUUUUCUCGAGUCUGCCGCUCAUUUCGACUCCCACCCUCUCGAACCAGAGCAAGAAAAAAGUUCUGUAGAAAAAGAGUGCAGGUUAUUGAGUUUAUUAGAGUAA